GGCAUUUUUUGGUAGAUGGAUUCAUUUACAACACGUGUUAGUGUUGUUAUUGUUAUUCUGGGGUGUUUGGAAUGCUCGUAUGUCUAUUUUUCUCGACGAUGUCCAGCCUGGCAGAUCAGCAACGGAAUACGUAAAGAGACAUGGGAAAAACAAACAAUUCUUCAGUGCUUUCAGUUUGACGCCAAUGAUACAAACUCCAGACAUAUAUAUCUCAAUAAUGGCUUGACUAGCUUGAAUUGUGAAACUGCGGGAAAAGAUCAUUUUUUACAAGCUCUGACCGAAUUUUCGACCAAAUUGUACGAUACCAAUCACAUUCUAUCUGCUGCAUACUGUGUAGAGAAGAAAGAUUAUAAACUUGUAAACUGCUCAAUGCCAAUGAGGAAAUUUUCCUACAUGAAAGGAUUCGACAUUAUGUAUUACUCGCGAGUUUUAAGAAAAAUAGUCAGUGCUCCCUCUGAAUUUGACAACACUACCUUUCAAAUAGAGCUGUGUGACCUGGAGCGAUUAUAGGGGAAAAA